UGGCGUUUGCUUUGGGCAAUAGGGGGAUGCUACAUCACAAACCUGGCAACAUUGACUAUGCGCUGGAUACAGCAGACAGUAUGGCGGACAGCGAAAGUGAUUUGGAAACUGACGGGCUUGAAUUUGCCCUGGACACUUUGUGUAUCAAGCAUUGCAGCGACGUGUCGUCUCUCAAGAGUAAAUCCUAUUGCUCUGAGUUCUGCGAGGUAUGUUAGACCCCUUUGUGUUUUAAGGCCAUCCACUCACUGUCUGUUUAUAGCCAAUGCUACUAGCUCCGCUAGCUAACGUUAACCUCCAGACGAGCUUUAUUUAUGUAGUUGUGAAGCUAACACUCGAGUAUAGCUCUCUGGAGGCUCGACAGGACAGGUCAGCAAAAUGUAUGUAGGCAUAAACUGAAUUAUUAGCCAUUGAAGCGUAUUUAUUAACUGGGUUAUACGAGGAAGCAGACUGAUAGCUGACAAAGCUAAGCUCUGGCUAAUCAUGAAAGCUAAGCUAAUUGAAGGUAAACGGUGACAUGGGGACUGUAACCAGGUGUUUCAUCAAACUAACUUGAUGUGGAGUUAGAAACAGGGAGGGGGGUACGAGGUGUAAAAAUCCAGUUUAUGCAGCUACUUGACAUAUUUUAUUGCAUUGUUAGUCUCCUGAAACCGUUGUCCGUAGAAGAUAUCAGGUGUUAUCAGGUAAUAAAGAGCUUUAAAGGUGAACAGAAGUCAACCCUAAUAGAGUGUAGAAUUUGGUAUAGGUCUCGUUUUGUUAGCUAAUACAAAUUCUGUGAUUUUACCCAUUUUUCGUUUGUUUUGGAGAGAUAGUUCAACCUGUCUGUUCAUAAUUGUGAUGUGAAUGUCAGACUCUUUCUCCUAUACACUUACCAAAUAUGAAAAUGUUUUCUCUCUGAUGCUAUUCUUGCAUAGUUGGUUGAGGAGUACACAGGACAAUGGCAUGUUCCUCUCCCUCAGCUAAAAGUCCUGCGGACUGCACUUUGCAGCUUCACCAAAGCCACUGCUGCCUUCCCUGAUGACUGUCAACAUAUCCACUAUGUCCUCAGCAGUCUGGCCUUGUGAGUUGUUUAUUUCAAAUGAAGUUUAGUAACUUCAGUAAAUUCAGCUAAAAUGUUGUGACGAGUGAACCUUGAAGUAAAUGUUAACCGGAGUCGUUAAAGAGGGAUAAUGUUUGUUGAUGUGAAAUCAUACCUUUCAAAAAUGAGCUUUUGUGAGGAAAUUUUUAACCAACAUCUUGUACCUGUGAAAAGUAAAAAAAAAAAAAAAAAAAACAUACAAUAAUCAAUUUGUUUAUAUUGCAAUCAUGUUUUUUGUUAUUAAUGAAGCAUGUUGACUAAAACUUUUUGUUAGAUUGGGAGUACAGAUAAUGUGUUUUACCUGACUGACAGGCUAAGUUGUUGCAGUGUGAUCAUUAAGAAUAAGAAUAAGAAUGACUUUAUUGAUCCCCAAAGGAAAAUUCAAUUGUCUGUCAUCUCAUUUGUCAUGUCUCUAAAAGUCAUCUACUAUUAGGGUUGGGUAUCAAGUCCCGAGCAUCGAUGGGGACCGGGACUGACAUUCCGAUUCUCCUGGAAUCAUUCAAAUUUAAAAAUUUCGAUUCCGAAUUUCGAUGCUGGAGUCCACAGACCGGAAGAAAUAGCCGCUGAACACCAACGAGGAUGAAGCGUAUGAGACGAAGCCACACAAAGAGAGAAGAGAGACAGAGAGAGAGUGCAUUGCAACUCACAGCGGCUGCGGUCAAAAGUUUGGCUAACUUUAGCAGGAAGAAUGAACUCUUAUCUCAGUUCAACAUUAGCAACACAGUUACAUUAUGCAAAGGUGGGUGCACGAACCAACAUUAUUAAACACCUCAGGAUUCAUGGAGGAGAAAUUCUAGAGUGUCCCGUCUUCGAGGCGCUUUGCUGAUGUUGUGCCGUAGAAUGCACCCCUGACAGGAGCGCGCUUGAAAGUACAUAACAAGGUGAACUAAACCCAAGUUUUCCUUACCGUUGGACGGAUUCUAAAGCGUGUGCCUUUAAUGAUUUCAUUCAGGCUAUUCCAAUAAGCCGAAAACAAUAGCCUUCUGAUUCUGAUAUUUGCUGUCCCAAAAAUAUAAUGUUCUCUACCAUAACAGCUUACUGUACAGUUUAUACACCCAAGUACACCUCUAUAUGUGCAUUUUGGAGACACAUAAUAAUAACAAAAUGAAAGUUUGCUGCUCCAUUUGACAUGUUGUCAUGAUCUAACACUGUUGUUUUUUUGUUUUUUUUUAAUAUGAGAUAAUUUUCUUCCACUUUAAGAAGCUAAUGAGUGGAGGGGAUGCAUUCUACGGCAGGGGUGCAUUCUACAGCACAACACCGGUCUUCUGCUAAACAGCCAGAAUCAGAUCAGUGAAACAAUAAAUUACUUCUGUCCUCUGCUAACUUUGAAGCGGCAAACAAAUUAUACUGUGUACGGUGGGUCAACUUAAAUAUCCAGCUAACUUUAGCCCUUGUACUUUUUCAUAGACAAACGACCUGACAACCAAAAAUUAUAUUUAUAUACUGGUUGAAAAUAGCCCUGUGAGAAAUUCAUCGUAAAGUUCUUAAAAGGUUUAUAUAAUUUAAAAAUACAUGCAGGUGUUCAGAAAUGUCAUCCAAAAAGAAGAACAUCAUUUAGCACCCUCAUUUAAACCAUGCAUUUUUUUUAAUAUCCUGCCUUUUAAAAGAAUCGGAAUAGAGAAUCCAUAGGAACUAGAAUCGAAACGAGGAAUCAUUCAAAAUCAAACGAUACCCAACCCUAUCUACUAUUUACAGAAGAGUUGUAAAGUCUGAUGGCUGUUAGAACAAAAGAUCUUCUGAAUCUUUCUGUCCUGCAGCGAAGAGAGAGGAGUUACUAUAUAUCAUUAUUAUUGUUAUUCAUCAUUAUUUAUCUUAUGUCACUUCCACUUGAAUGGUCAUUAAAUGCAAAGGGUUUGAUGAGUUCAAGCACAUGUUCACUGUGAGUCUUUUUAGUGCAAACUAACAUUCCCUCUUUUUACUUGCAGGAGUUUUUUCGAACUGCUGCUAUUUUUUAGCAAAGAGGAAUUUGUGGAAGAGCCUUUAAAGAACAUCCUUGAUUCUUUCAAGGUAAAAGAAAGUCCCUUGGAAACAUCCUUUUCUUUCACUCAGACUUAAAAAAAGACCCAACUGCCUUAUUUGUCUAUGAGUUUGUUACAGUUAAGUAUAUGUCAGUGUUUAACUCGGGCCACUACAGCACAACAAGUCUUAACUCAGGAUUUAAAUGAGCACAACUCAACAUGCUGAUCCAAUGUGUCUUCUGAGCCGUUGUUGCUGUUGGUAGACUCACCAAAAAUGAGUGUGUUAAGCAAGAAGAUAUGAAUUUUUCAGUUCUUUGUAUUCUAUGUAGGAGUGCAACACUCAGCUCCAGAGGCACAGGAAUAUCUACCUUCAGCAUGUGAAGCAGAUCAUCAAGGCAGGAGGCCCGUGGGAGAAUCCGGUGCUGCAGGGAAUCCUGAAGGAGGCAGACCUGCCACCAAAAGAUGGUAGGCUCAUGAUCUUCAGGAUUUUCAAGUCCUGUGACCAGACUUACUUUACAUAAGACUCCAUAAGUUUGGGUCAUUCAAAGUGUCAUAAAUCAUAUGAAAAGGCAGAGUUAGAGCUUCUUCAUGUAUUUGCUCUUGAACUCACUGCUGUUUUCUGAUGAUUUGAUAGGAAUAACUGGACUUAUUACAGCUGUGUACCACCCCACUCCUGUUUCUACAAUGGACCUGUUUUUUUUUACUCUCUCCUGUUGUAAAAACUUUUACAAUCAUUGAUCUGUUGUUUUCUCUCAAGGCUGUGAGAAUUGUGUUACAUAAUUCAAAAGCGAAUGAUAGCUGUGUCACUGUUUUUGACACUGCCUGAGUCAAACACAUGUAUGUUUAAUGUACCAAAAUCAACAUUUUCUUGUGUUAUUCCCUCUCAUGCAGUUGAAGACUACUUGAGUUCAGAGCUACCAGUGUUCUUUGAGCUGCGGGUUCGUUAUCUACAGGCCUGUGAACGAAUGCAAGAGGCAAAAGCUUUAGCUAAAAGCUGCCUGGAGAAUCCAGAGGCAGGAAAGCAUCUGUUCUUUCAUCAGGCCUACCUGACCUGCCUCUACAAAGCCUCACUGCAUGAACAUCUUCGGAAGGAGGUAACAUAAAACAGAGCGGAAAGUCAGAGGGUAUAGUAUGAAGGAUAAGAGGCGUUGUGUAAAGACAUUUGAUUGCUGCAGCUUGUGGAAAGGGUGGUAUUCAGAACAAGGAUCUUGAAUGAUGAAAACAAAAUAUAAAGCAGAAAAACUGAGCAUGCAUCUUAAUUUUGUAUUUGGGGUAUUACAAUGUUUAUGUACUUUUAAUUUCAGAUGGCAGAGAUAGAUGGCCGAGACGCUGUAGAGAUCAUUUGCAACACAGAGAGCGUGGAAAAAGAUGAGCUUCUGCUGUCUCUGUGUAAGGCUUUCCUCACCCAACAGCUACACAAUGGGGAUAUGUAUUACAUCUGGUAAGGAUGAGCAAUGCAUUACAGCUACACUACAUUGUGAUAUUGUGCCUGUUGCUCACAUUUGAUGUUAAAGGGGUGUUAUUAUGCUUUUCUACAUCUACAACAAAAACUGCAAAGUUACAAAGUUUGGUGAUGUACGCAAAGUUUCAAAUCACAAAGUAGAUGUAUUUUGUCUUAGUCCCAGAAAAUAGAUGUAAACUCCUGAAAACAGGAGCCUGCGCAAAGACGCUAGACUCACUAAAUGCCUGCAUCAUUGUUAUAGGCUCUACUUACUAGUUCAUCUGUACUUCCGUCAAAGCAGAGCGGCCUGCCUCCAACAGUAUGUGAGGUGACACCCUAAGCGGAGCAGGGUCAACUGAUUGACCUCUGACAACUGGGGCCAAAACAUUGAGCUCUGCUCUUAGCUGGCUUCGGAAAAGCCUCUGGAGAGGUGGCCUAUCAGAGGAGAGUAGGAGUGCUUCCGUGAAAGCAGCUAAAACGAAGCUUUUUAGAUGGAAGCUGAAAUAAUGACAUUUUGAUACACCAGAGUGAGAAAUAAGAGGCUUUUUUGAUCUAAAAAUCAUGCAAAGAUAUUGAAGAGGAAUCAGGGAGAAAGUGUAGAGUUUGAAAAAAAAUGCGGUGUAUGAUAGACAGUGUAUGAUAAAUCUCACAGAAACUUUGGUGUUGGUAGGUUGACCAGUUAGAUUUCUUUCAUUUGGUGCUGUAUCCUCUGCCCUGAGUGGUGUUGAAAAAGUUGCUCUCUAAUAAACACAAAACUUUGCGAUGCCAUCAACUGAUUGUUUCCUACCUUUAACAGGGACCUGGUUUUUAUCUGGAGCAGGUUACAUCUAAGGGCCCACCCCUCCAGGGAAGGCUUCCUGGCUGAGUGCUUGCAGUUAGCCUCUUCUGCUACUAACGUUAGAGCCAUCUUCCCCUUCAUCAAACUCGUCACCACAGAGGUAAUAUUGACAUCCCAGUAGAAGAGUGUUUUAACACUGUUAUCAUCAGCACAUACAAGUAAAUGUAUCAUGUGGUUACAGGUUAAGCGAAGCUUGUGUCAUUGCUCUCUCCAUUUUGCAAAAACCGAUGAAAGACUAUCACAGGGCAAUUUUCCUGCAACCAUUUUCCCUGUUGUAUGGAAGCAGCAGUUAGAGCAAGGAACAGAGCUGGAGCACUCUGGAUGAAAUCAUCCAAAUGUGUCACUAGGCAGAGGAAGGUCGAACACAUUGCAGGGUGGGUCCUCCAUACAUUUUCCAGGAUACCAUACCUUCAACCUACACUGUUGCAAAAGAAAAAAAACUACAACAACAAAAAUAAACAUUGCACUGUUAGACCUGCAAAAGUUUGACCAUACUCUGCAUGUAAAGAUAGAUACAACAUUUAAACAUAGAGCACAUUUUGGCUGUAUGUUUGCUGCUAUGAUCUCUCAGCAGUGUAGAGAACUUUAGUCAGUGUAGAGUUUUUAGAUUUUGCUUUGUUUUUCCAAAGUAGAAAUCAACAGUCUUAUUUUCUAUCAUUUCUUUUAAAACCUGCAGCACAAUGUACAGUCCUACCUGGUGACAGGUAGGACUGUACACACACACACACACACACACACACACACACACACACACACACACACACACACACACACACACACACACACACACACACACACACACACACACAGAGUAAUGAUGAGAACAUUACUCAGGGUUUGUAUCAGAGAAGGAUGUUUGUCUUAAGGAGCGGCAGUAGCUCAGGAGGUAGAGCGGUUGUCCAAUAACUUGAAGGUUGGCGGUUCAAUCCCCACCCUAUCCCAAGUCUGUCUGUUAUGUCCUUGGCCAGACAUUUAACCCAUCUUGCUCCUAGUGUGUGUCCUCCACUGGUGUAUGAAUUAGGGGUGGGAAUCUUCAGGCACAUCACGAUUCGAUUACGAUUACGAUUCAGGGGCUACGAUUCUGAAACGAUUAUCCCCCCCCCAGCUAUUACACAUUUCUUUUUGUCUCACUGUGUAAGUGCACCCGUGUGGCUUUCAUUCAUUGCUCUUGUUUGGAGCACAUGCGACACUAGCCUCCAGUCUUCGCUAACGAAGUGCGCUGUUAUAGUAACGAAUGACUCGGUGGCAACCGAUGUCCAAGCAUCACAUGUAACUGCUAUCCUACCAGCUUUCCCCAGGGAGGCCAUGACUUCUGUUUUGGUCUCUUUUUAGAGUGUCGGGAUGGCCGUGUCAGUGAAGUAGCGUCGGGAUGGAAUGUUGUAUCUCGGCUCCACCGUGUGCAGUAGUGCUCGGAAGCCCUGGUUCUCCACUACUGAAUACGGACGUAAAUCCUUGGCAAUAAAUGUAGCGAUGGACUUCGUGAUUCGUUUCGCCUUUUCCGAUGAGGGGGGAAGCUUUGUAAUUGCUUGCUCGAUUGUUCUCUGUUUGGUGGAGGCAGCCGUAGCCUCGACAGCAGCCGGGCAUCUUCCCUCCUCGUUCGGGUGAAAACGAGUGAUGUGGCUCCUCAUGUUCGUGGUGUUACCAAAGUAUUUUAUCUUGGAGUGACACAGUUUACAUAUAGUGUGGCUCUUGUCCAGUUCAAGUCCACCCUCAACUCUGUAGAAGCCAAAAUUCUUCCAUACAUUAGCUUUUAAUCCGGAAGGGGCAGGGUGGAUCUCGUGCUCAGCCAUGCUUCUUUGUUAUGUGCUCCCCUUAAAGUGUCCGCCGGGUGACAACGCGCUGCACGAGUUCCGCCUUUUCGUUCCGCCUAUUUCACGUUAUUUAACAUCUAAAUAAUCGGAAUUUGGACGUUUGUGAAUCGAUUCAGAAUCGUUCUUGCCUGAAUCGAGAUGCAUCUAAGAAUCGAUAUUUUCCCCCACCACUAGUAUGAAUGUGAUUAUUGUGUGGUGGUGGUUGGAGAGGCUGUAAGUGCAAAGUGGCAGCCACGUUUCCGUCAGUCUGCCCCAGGGCAGCUGUGACUACCAAGGUAGUUUACCACCAAGGUGUGAUUCUGUGAGUGAGUGAAUGAAUGAUGUAUCCAAUGUAAAGCGCUUUGAGGUCACGGUAUAAAAAUCUGAUUCGUUAAACGGACAUAAGGCCUUGUUAAGUUGCUAACCUCCUUGUGAUCAUUUGAAGAGGUGGGGGUUGAAACAGAAACAGAAGUCUACCAUCAUACAUUGUUUUAAUCCCUAGUGCAUUGUUGUUGUUUUUUUGAAACAGGUGGGGAGUGAAGGAGUGCAGGUCUGCGUAGAGCUUUGUGCCAGAGCGUUGCAGCUGUGUGAUAUGCAAGCUGACAGUGUAACUCAGUCCCUGGUCUGCAAGACCAUCGCCUUCUUGCUGCCUCAUGACCUGGAGAUCUGUCGAGCAUGCGCCCUUCUGGUCUUCUGCCAAGAACGCAGCCUGGAAGCAUACAGAACGGUCUGCCUGCUUUACAUGCAUCCUGACCAAGAGCAGCACCCCCACAACAACCCUGUCCGGACCUGUGUGCGCUUCCAUAUUUUGCAGGUUGGAUGGGUUUAGAGGGGAGAAAUUUAAAAACAUAGAAUAUAAAAUGUACUCUUCAGAUUUUAAUCCAGCACUGCUUGUUGUUUUCUCUCUGAAAACUUGUUCUCAGAUGCUCAAAGAGCGCCUGUGUUUUGAUCCUGAGUUCUGGAACCUUCUGGCCAUAAGGACCCAGUGCUUGGAAUUGAUGAGCGACAAGGUCAUGAAGGCAGCUGCACUAGAUGAAAUGAAGGAAGAAGAGGAGAAGGAAUACACCGAAGAGCUACCUACAAAUCAUUUCCUAAAUGACUUGGACAUUCACAGUUUUAACUCCUGCUCAUGCACCGAAGCCGCAUUUGUGAAGCAAGACCAUCAGAAAAAGCCAACUAAAGAUGAAGAGACAGUGAAGCGUGUAGCCCCAUCACAUAAACCUCUUUUCAAGAGAAGUAAGUGGAGGAGAGUGCUGCGGAGGAAAAAACAAACUAUACCCGAUGAGGAGGCUGACUUUGCUGAUGAUCCAGAGUUCAAAUACAAUCUCAAAUCCACCUCUUCAGGCCAUAAGACCAUGUAUUCACUGAGAAGAAAUCACAGAAACAAGGAAAAUUCUGCAGCCCUUAAAUUACCGAUGGACCGUAAGAGAGAAUACUUGUCCAGAUGUGUAAAGAGCCAAAUUCUGAAACGGAAAGGUCGAAAAAGGUGGCUGCAGGGUCUCCCCAGACUGGAGCAGGUACAGGUACAGGUGAAGAUGCAGACGGUGAAUGUGACGGGGAAAAAACGGGGAAGAAAGCCUCUACAAAGACUAGAACUCUCUUACCCUGAAAAUGAAAUUUCCAUUACAGAGGAGGAUUCAGGUUCCCAGAAGAAGCUGGAAAUGCCCCACCCGGAGAAUGAAGUUGAACCAAAAAGUGAACAGGAAGAGAAGCAUGUUGAGCAGAUGAUUGAGCCAAAGGUGGAAAAUGGUCUGGAGGGGCAUACAGACUCGGUCUGUUGUAGUGGCUUAAGUGAACAACCUUGUAAGGAAUCUGUCACACACUUGGUCUCCAAGUUUGUUGAGGGUCCUCCAAGUGAACCUCAAGCUGCUGUUGAAGCUGAACCUGAGCUCGAUGGUCCUCCCCUAGAGUUGGUUGAUUGCCCCAUAGAGCAGUUACACAGCUACUCUCUUAAAUCCCGAUCAGCAGACAGUGAGGAACCACAACCUCCAGAAUCUCCUGCAGCCCAGGAGCCUAAUGAUGACAUAGAGCAGACGAAACAAACUCAAGAGGCAACAGAACUGUUACAGGAAAAGGUCCGUUUUCUUUUUAUGAAUAACACACAUAUUAUUUAGGUAAAUUCUUUUUCAAAUGUAUUCACUUGGUAGGUGUUUUAAAAAAAAAUAAGUGCAAAAAGAGGCAUGAGUUGCUCAAGAGCCUUUUGAUUGGAAUUUUAGCUGGUACUUUGCAGGCUUUCUUUUGUCAUUUGUCAUUUUGUCAUUUCUGAUUCCUGUUUCCUUCCUGUUUCUCCAGGUGGUAGCCAAGAGAACAUGGAGAGAAAGAAUGCUUCGCAGUCAAAAAUACGCACAUAUGAAGUUCCACUGCAAAUUGUGCAAGAAAGACUAUAAAGGCCUGAAUGUAAUGAGGCAUGCUCUGUCACACCUUAAAAGAAGGAAAUGUGUACUCUGUGGAAAACGCUUCAAACAGGUGUCCAUCGCCAAAAAGCAUGUUCUGGACCACAUCGAUGAAAUGUGUAAGCAGACCCCCCUUGAUAGCAAUCCAUGUACCACAGGAAUCCCAGCUGAAAAUGGAGUCAUAGAGAAUAUGGAGAGGCCAAUCGAGCCUCAGGUUCCCAAAAAAGUGAAGAAAAAAGUGUCUGAGCUCGACAGGGAUGUGCGAAUCAUCAGGAACACCCGCACGCUCAUCAAAAAGACAUCCUUGGUUUCCAAAAAGGGCAAGGACGCAAAUGCAAGUACUAAUGAACUGGUGGAUUUCAAGGAUGAGCAAGUGGUCAUUAAAGAUGGCCUAGUAAUCAUCAAAGAGCAGCCUGGGAUCGAGGAAGUGGGGGGAGGAGGAGAGGGAGAGAGGCAGCCAGCUGGAGAAAAUGGAUAUAUUGAAAACAUGAAGUAUCACCUGUGCCCUUCAGAGUCCUGUGACCGAGUGUUUUUAAGGAUCAACAGCACAAUGUUGAGGCAUGCUGUCAAAUGCCAUAUCAAGGAAGAGAGGGUAUUGGAGAAGGUUUAUGUUUGGGCCAAACAUAAGUGCACACUCUGUCUUAGGUAAGAUACUACUGACCAACCUUUUUCCAUCCUCACACCUUUAUCUCAACUUUUGUCCAUCUGUUGACUCUAUGAUACACCUGAGUUCUUCCUACUUAGCUGUUGUACGUAAAGUAAUUAUUUUCAAAUGUCACAAACUCUGUUAAAGGUUAUUUACAGCUUAAGUCCUUUUGCUGCAAAAUCUACAUUUGCUGAGAACUCAUGAUGCUUCUUGAUCUUUCCUUUGAAAGGAAAAUGCAGUUCCUUCAGCAGUACAAGGACCACAUGAAGCAGCAUGAUGAGCCUCUCCAGUACUUCUGCUACCACCAGGACUGUAAACAGCGCUUUGGGACGCAGCAGGAAAUGAAGGACCAUAUCAGUACCCAUGACCCCAUCAGGCCCCAGUGCCCAUUCACAGCUUGUGACAGGCAAUUCCAAAGCCUUCAAUGUCUUUACGACCAUGAAUGGAGACACUACAUCCCAACACCUCAGAGAGAGGAGAUGGAGAUGGGACCCAGUAGACAAAGGGAAAGUGCUGAAGCACCGUGGAAACAAAGAGUGAAGGUGGAGCAGAUCUGGCUGCAGGGUAAAACCGAGCAGAGGGGGGCUCCUGCUGCUGAGCACAUCGAGACUUCUAAUCUGGAGAAUUGUGCAGAAAUGGACAAAACUGAGACCCAUAAUGAAGUUUGUACAUCAGUAGUCCCAAGCAGCAGUCAAGAGCAGAUAAAACCUGAAAAUUCUGUGGAGCAAAAUCCAGCGGACGAGAGCCAAGCUGCCAUCAAUGGAUAUCUGGGUCAGACCCCAAAUCAAGUGUCAGGGGAAAAUAUUAGUGCUUCCUCUUCUGCUGCAGCUGCAACUGCCAGCAAAGGUUGGCGUAAAAAGACACAAUCUGAGUUGGACCCCUUGAAUGUAAAAAACCGAGAUGGUGUGUCAAUUACAGAGGAGGGAAUUCAGGAGAAACUGGGAGAGCCGGGCAUCACGGAGCACAGAUCAUUCAAACCAGAAGAUCCCUCCUUUGGGACCUUAACAAAAGCCCCUUUUGUUCGGCCACCGCCCUCCAUGUACCUGGAUGAAUCUGUCACCUCGAUGCGCAAGAGGAGGACUGCAGAUGAAGUUGCUCCAAAGAAACCCUUGUACAAGAAAUACAAGAAAAAGCAGGACCCUAGCAAGGAAAGUCAAGCAGGGGUGAAAGAUGAAGUCCCUGAGCAGAAGAUCAGACAUCGCUGUGUUAAAUGUUUAUCCUCAUUCAGUACGGUAGAAGAGUUACAAAAACACCAAGCACUCAACACCUGCUCUGCUCUCUUUGGAUUCGAUUCAGACGAUGAAAGUAAGAGUGUUUCAUUUCCCGAUUCCUAACAGCAGCAUUAAUUCCUGAAUUCUUCUCAUAAUUUUUUUCUCCUUUGUACUUAGGUUAGAGGCAAGGAAGGAGGACUACCUGCAGAGAAUCUGCGUCGAGGCUCAGGGCAAGUGUUGGAGACCAAGGAUCACUGGAAUAAGUAUUCAAACAGACAAGACUUUGGUGCCAAAAUGAGUAUUUGGAUGAUUUUUACCUCUUCGUUUGUUAAUUGAACAUUUUAAGCAAUAAUUUUGACAUCUUCAUGUAGUUUUGAGUAUUUUUGCCCCUCAAAACAUCAUCAAUGUGGUCUUUUUUUAAGACCGUAAAACAAAGUUCAGUCCGUGUUAAACUGACAUAUUCUCUAAAUCUACGUUAGUGUAUGUAUGUUCGCUCUGUAAAAGAAGUUGGAUUUGUCUGUUUGUCAUUGAUAGAAGUCACUUCUUCUAAGAGUGGAAAUUUCUUUCCAGAUAGCGGCCACACACCACAACAAGCCUCUGCUUGUUAAAACUAUCUAGUUUAAUCUGAAAAGAACUUCUUUUUGGCUCUAUCAGUUUAGCCUGGUAACGGUGAAGAGCAAAGGUCCAUUUGAGGUGAUGAGUUGGAGCUUUUCAAAAUCAGGCAGCUAGGCCGUUAUAUUAAUUAAUGCUUUCAGAAAUGAACAUGUAAUUUCAACUGAAUCUGUCUUUUCUCUGGCUUCAUUACGCCUGUUGAAACUUUGUGAAUACAUUGAUUUACUAAAUUCAGUUGCACUCUAAGUAUUUAAAACGCUGCUUAUUGACAACUUCGUUGGGUAUGUUUGGAAAAAUUCAAAUGAAAUCUGUCCAAAUAAUGAUGCACCACUCAGAAAUUUUCCUUAUACAAAGAAUUGAUCUCGUAGUCUUACUAAAAGUCCUAACAAUAGUGGGUAAGAAGUGCACACAUACAGCAAACGCUCCAUAACAGUAAAUCUACUUCUCAGAAUCUGGAUCUAAAAAAGCAAGUCUGAAAACUAAGUGGCUCUUUUCUGCAGUUAGUUGGGCUGAUGCUCUUCUGUUGUUGGGUAGGAUUGGGUUUGUCUUUUUCUAAUUGGUCUUCCAAUCAUAAUAUGGUGACAGAUGUUCUCUUACUUUGUUAAGAUGUGACCAGGAAGUUAUAGUCUGCCUUCAUCACACUGUUAUUCUGUACAACUUCAUUAUUUCUAGGUGCCAAGACUCAGUGACAAUUCAACAUUGAAUUGAUCGGUUAAGCAGUACUGCAUUGCUUUAAAUUUUAGUUUAUCAAAGAGUUCCUUUUCACUCAGUUUCACUCCGGUACUGCAUUUUAAUAUGUAGAAUAUUGUAGAUGAGUUAUUUGUAAUGUGUAUAUACUUUUGGGAUGGUUGAUCAGUUUCAUAACGUUCAUGUUUUUAUUGGACUGCACUCCUAAACCUUCUUAUUUAUAUGUACAAAUGUGAAUAGUUGUAUUUGUAAAGGUAUUGAUUGCGCCUCUAUAUUUUCUUAAAAAAUAAAAAAAGGAUUCAGUUUGUUUGAAUAAACAAAUGGAAUUUAAAA